AUGCAACUUGCAACGAUGGGUCUCCGGCAGGGUAUUAUUUCCGCAAGUCGCAUGGUAGUAAAAGAUGGAUCGUCUUUCUCGAAGGUAACAUUUUUAUAUAAAAUUUACAAGAUAAAAAUCUAG